AUGAGGACUGUGAAGUUUGCUACGGUCGCCGGUGGCACAGUGGAUGGUGGUGGUGCCUUCUCGGAAUCGCUGCGAGCAUUCGUGGAGGAGAAGACGACGAUCGAUGGCACCGGCUUGACAUGCCCAGUCACCCUCCUGACUCCCUCGGGCAGGGCUGUCGGACGUGCCGAGAUUGAGCGACUGAGUGGAGCGGUCCUCGGAGACAUCGAAACGGCUCUUUUUUCCGAACCUCGGGAUGGGGACAAGACUGAUCUCAUUAAGACUGUGGACGGUGUGCUAGGCGACGAUGCGAACAAGUCUCGACAGGAGUCGGUCAAGCUGGUGGACCAGUGGAACUCGGCCACACAAGACUACCCGAACAAGUCCUGCCUCCACGACAUGUUCAGGGAGUCUGCCAAGAAAAACCGCGACGCCACGGCUAUCGUCUACAAGGGCGCUUCGUUGACGUUCGGAGAAGUGGACGAUCUCACCGAUGCUCUCGCCGGAUGGCUCUACUCCAAGGGAGUCAGGGUCGGGUCUACCGUGGGCAUCUUCAUGGACCACCGGACGGAGUUCGCCCUCGCCUACAUCGCCGCCCACAAGGCGACUGGGGCUUACAUGCCGCUGGAGCUGGUUUAUCCGGCGGACCUCCUGGAAGGGGUGAUGAAGCAGGUCAAGCCCCCCAUGGUCCUCACGCAGUCGAGCGUGGUGGAUCGUCUGCCCUCUUGGCAAGCCACCCUGUGCAUGGAUGAUGACGGGGAGUGGAUCAAGACUGCCAGGGAAGCUCCCCCCGUGCCGCAGGAUGCCGCGUUGCCUUCGCCGGACGACCUCGCUUACGUUGUUAUGAGCUCUGGAACCACGGGCGCGCCCAAGGGCAUCUGCUGCCCCCACCGCGGGGCCGUCCACUCGUACCACCAUCGCCUCGUCAACUUCCCCUACAGCGAGGGCGACAGGGAGGCCUGCCACGUCUUCUUCGUAUGGGAGCUGCUGAGGCCACUCUUGGGCGGCAUGGAGAGCGCCGGCGGUGUCGCGGUUCCGCUGUACGUGAUACCGGACGAUCACAUUUACGACCCCCCCAGGCUGCUCAAGUACCUCGGAGAGAACAAGAUCACUCGCAUGCUCUUCACUCCGUCCCUCCUACAGCUAGUGCUUGACCAAUGCGAGCCCCAGGACCUCAAGGAGUGCAUGAAGACCAUGCGCAUCGUCUGGCUGUGCGGAGAGGUUGUCACGAUCGAGCUGCGCAACAAGUUCAAGGCUCUGCUCCCCGACUGCCACAUGGAGAACCUCUACUCCAUCAGCGAGUGCCAUGACAUCAGCUUCUGCAAUCUCGACCAGGUUGACGUGAACGAGAGCCCCAAGUACGCUCCGUGCGGGAAGGUGGUGCCUAACGUGCGGGCCUACAUCUUGGACGAACAGCUGCAGCAUGUGCCGGUUGGCGUGCCAGGACGCAUGUGGAUAGCGGGUCCCACGUUGGCCAUCGGGUACCUCAACAUGCCCGAGAGGACCGCCGAGCGCUUCGUGCCCGACCCUUUCGCCGAGGCCGCGGGAAGGGAAGGGGAGCGUAUGUACGACACCGGAGACAGGUGCCGAUACCUGCCCAGCGGCAGCAUCGAGGUUAUCGGGCGCUGUGACUUCAUGGUGAAGGUACGCGGCUACUCGGUGGUUAUCGGUGCCGUUGAAGCGGCCAUCACGGAGCACCCGUUGGUGUCGACGGCGAUCGUCAUGACGGAAGGCGCAGAAGGUAGCAUGGACAAGAAACUCGUGGCGUACAUCGUGCCGGACAGCUGGGAGAAGCUCCCCUCUGCCAGCUCGAUCAAGAGGUUCCUCAAGUCUCGACUGCCGCCGUACGCAGUGCCUCACGUGUGCAUCCUCCUGGAUGCGAUCCCGAUCAACAUGGCCAGCGGAAAGGCCGACAAGAAGAAGCUCCCCAAGAGCGGCCACGCAGAGGUGCGAUUCGCGCCCUACAGCUGUGCGCAUGACGACCAGUACGCGGAGGAUGGGGGCGAUGCGGUCUUGCCCGCUGGGGACACCAAAGACCCGGUGCCAACCAAACCCAGCCCGAGCUCGCUGUUGAUGGCGGAGGAGAAAGAGGAGCAUGCGCCCGACGCGCCAGUACUGACGUCCACCCAGAGGUCGGUGGCCCGCCUGUGGGCGCGCCUCUUGAAGGUGGACGAAGCCACCAUCACACCGUCCUCAGACUUCUUCGAGCUAGGGGGACACUCCCUCCUCCUCGCAAAGCUGUCUGCGGGGCUGCUCAAGGACAUGGGGGCCGAAGUGUCGAUCCCCGCCAUCAUAGAGAGCCCCACGCUGGGGGAGCUGUCGGAGAAGCUAGACUCGGAGAUGACCGCGUCGAAGAAGAUGGAAGAGGGCGGCGGAGGUGGCGGCGGGGAUCGUGCGGCGGCGAUCUUGUCCACGCCCGCGCUGAGGGCGGUCGGCAAGGCCUGGGCCAGCGUCCUGGAGGCCGGGUGCGAGUCCUCCUUCUCCCCUAAGGCAGACUUCUUCGAUCUCGGCGGCCACUCCCUCCUGCUGGCCAAGCUCGCCACCGCCCUCUCCCGCGAGGCAGGGUUGACCGUCACCAUCCCGCAGCUCAUCGAACGGCCCUCCAUGGAGGGGAUGGCCAAGAUCGUCGAGGAGCUAUCAGGAACGAUCCCGGGAACGCCGUCCAUCGUACCGGGGCUGCAGGCGGCCGGUAUCUCCAAUUCACAAGAUAUUGCUCCGGUGGUGCUUCACGACGGCUCUCGCGGGGUGGUGCAGGCUGUCGAGGGGGUUGAGGCGCCCACAGCUACGGCGGCCGCGGUCAAGGUGGUUGAUCUUGAGGCCGAGGCUAGGAGGCUGGACGCGAGCAUCUACCCCGCCGGGACGCGCAAGAUCGGGUAUUCGCGUUUCCGAGCCUCGAGGUCUUCUCGGCCUCCCCAGCGAGUCCUCCUCACCGGAGCCACCGGUUUCCUGGGGGUGCACAUCCUGGCGUCUCUGCUCAGGGACACCCACGUGGACGUGUUCUGUCUGGUCAGGGCCGGAAACGAGGAGGAAGCCCUUCAACGCGUCGAGGACGCCCUCACCAUGUACAAGCUGGACAACGAGGCGGUGUUGUCGGGAAUGGACAGGGUCAUGGCUGUCCCGGGGGACUUGUCCAGACCGCUGCUUGGGCUCGACGACAUAUCCUUCAAGAUGCUCGCCGGCGAGCUGGACUCCAUCAUCCACAGCGGAGCAUCGGUCAACCUCGUCCGUUCGUACCAGUCGCUAAAGGCCGUUAACGUGCUUGGCACCCAGGAGGUGUUGCGCUUGGCGGUUACGAACGCCUUCGGCACACGCAUGAAGCCUGUUCACUUCGUCUCCACGAAUGGUGUCUUCCCCUUCUCUUCCGAGACGAAGACGUUCAUGGAAGACGCCGACAUGAGCGAACAGUGGAAAGAGCUGAGCGACGGCUACGGGCAGAGCAAGUGGGUAGCGGAGCAGAUGUGCGUGCAAGCAAGGUCAAGGGGACUCCCCGUAAGCAUCUUGAGGCCUGGGAACAUGUCCCCCUCUGCGACAACAGGGGCGUGGAACCCUUCGGACUUCAUCUACAUGCUGCUCCAGGGCUGUCUCGACCUGGGCUGCGUACCGGACGGGGUUGCCUGGCAAAUUGACGUCACCCCCGUGGACUUCGCCGCUCGGGCCAUCGUGCACGUGGCCGUCGAUCGGCCAAGCAAGGGACUUGGACAUGUGCUGCACAUCCAAAAUCCCGGGAAGCCGCAGACGUUUGAGAACGUGGCCGCCUGGCUCAAGGCGGCUACGGGGGCACAGCUCGAAGGCGUUUCGAUGGACGAGUUCCGGCGACGGCUGGGCAAGGCGGUCGAGGAGAUGGGGCCGAAGGACGGCGGCGUCCUGGCUCAGCUGGAGUCGGGUCUGGACGGGUUCGCUUACUACCUCGCCGACCCGGCCAUGCUGGACUGCGCUGGGCUCACGGCGGCGCUGGAGGAAUCGGGCAUCGACUGUCCUUCGCUAGACAAGGACCUCGUCAGUAUCUACGCCUCCACUCUUGCCGCGGGAAGAGAGUAGACAGAGUACGCGGCACACCCCGCCACUCUAGAGCUCAGUACCUCAGAACGACAAGAAAGUUUUUAACAGGCCGUGAGAACCUACCCAUUGGGCCGUGGGCACUUGAAGCCGAUCUCAUACUAAAACAUGUAGUCUAUCCCAACAUACGUAAACAGUGUACAAGGAGUGAGCUGCGCCCGAAAACCAACUCGGUCUAGUGGGGACUUAUUGCGUAACCGUCGUGCCAAGAAGAGUGCCUAUCUCCACGGCCGUCUUGAGAAUGGCGAGGACAACGAUACACCUCGAAACACCUUGACUUUUGACCCCUCUCCGGAGUGAAGGUGAAGGUGCUAGGUGAUGUCAAUUCCUUCUUGGAAAGGUUUGUGUUUUCGUUUUUAACCUGCGGAGGGCGUGCUUGGGACAAUCGUGUUCUGUCACAGCCAGUCGCUUCACUUUGCUGGUUGGUUGUUUGUCAUCCCGACAACAACCACGAGAUGCACGAACGGUGCCAAUUUCCUUUGCAGGAAGGAAAGAUCACUGUUUCAAGAUACUUGUCCUUGCUUCGGCCGUUUGUGUUGAGGCGUGAAUGUUGUCCCCAUUCAGCCUUGGUGCUGUCCAUUAAGUCUCGUGGCGCCUCUUGAGUCUUGGAACGUGCUGCUGUGGUCUGACUGUUUUCCCCGUUGGAAGCCAUAGCUGCUCCAGGCGGGGUCGUGCGUGUUUCCGUCUCUUGAUUUUUUUUUUAUUGUUCGAAUGUGACUCGAUCGAAGGGAAUGAUGUCCGGAGGCUGGUUGCUGGAAGUGAGCAAAGAAAGACGGACAUGCAUUUUCAACCUGCACAGGAAAGCCAUGCCAACAGAGUCCAGUUGCCAAGGGCGGGAGGAUUGCACAGUCGGUUUACCGUACCCGAAAUACGGGUAGUGGCCGCUGUGAAACGGUGAUUCGGGGGACUUCCAUUGUUGAAUCCUCGGAAUCUACUAUUAGAGGGGUUGGGGAGGGCUGGUUAAAUACCUGUCGCUAGGAACACAUGUAGAGUACUGUCUCCCUUGUUGCGACAACACGCCAGGUAGGUAGUGAUCACGGUAGCGCUGUGUCGUGUAGUGGAGUAGUGCGGGGAUUUCUGCCUUUCUGGCACUUGCAACCUCCUGCGCCACUUGUAGCUACUGUUGUGUUUCGUGUGUGUCUACACGUCAGCAAGUGCGUUCAUUUCAUCAUGCGUCUCUUUGGAACACAAAAAGAAGAAAAAUCACAGGUC